UGUAAAGUAAACUGAUUUGUUCAUCUACUAGCACUGUGCACAUGGAAAUGAUUAUCAGUAGAUAAUUUAAGGAUUUAUAGGUAGUAGGUAGAAGGUAUUAAUAGCCGAUACGGUGCAUCUGGGUUUAGCUAUUGCAUUGGCGCAAUUGUUACGCUUCAUAAUGUUCCUGUAAAGGUACUUAAAGAUAAUUUAAACUAAAAAUGUGAGGUCAAUGUAACGUUAGCAGCAUUAACAACAUUGUGAGCUGAUUUAAAACCAUCUUUGCCAGACGUGUUAUUGACCCACAAAUUAGAGCCCGAGUUCUGCCUGCCGAGUUUCCGAACGUCAUAUGGUGUGCUUUAAAUGUAGGCGACUAAUCCAUGUACAGUCUGGACAGCAUCUCACCUGCACAUAGCUGUCACGUUGACUCGAAUGGCUUUUUAAUGUUGCCUGAUCAACAACAGACAAUGACCCACUUUGCUACUGAUUAUGAGUAAAUUAAUGCACCAUGCAGAAAAGUCUUUUGCGUUUCUCAAACAUUGUUUUGUUGUAUAAAAGAUUGUCCCUCGUGCCCACCCGUAUCCAGCCAUGCGUUUUUGUUUGAAGUGGGAGAGAAAAUCCGGAAUCGAUGUUUUUGCAGGCGUGGGGAUCAGUGGCUAUGAUCAGUGUCGAUACCAAUCCUUCGGUAUUUUUAACCAUAUAGACGACUUUUGAAGUGUUUAAAGAGAAGACUUGUGGUAUAACGCAGAAGGUUAGCUACCGGUUUGGGCAACAUAACUUAACCGUGCAAUAUAGCUAUGUCUAAAAGAGUUUAUGCCUGGGAAUUAUCAGAUUCCGAAAGUGAUUCAGAAUGUAACAUUAAUCCUAAACAGACAUACACGAACGUGACUGAAAAAGAUAGUAACAUUUUGCGUGUCCCUGAAAUUACCAAAACUGGUGCGGACCAUGGGACGCUAUCGAACGCAGUCGUAGUACUUGAUGAAGACGAAGGAGAUGCGAAAGACGUACUUAAACCUCCGAACCAAACUGAGCCAAGAACCCCGAGUCCUGGGAAAAAACGACGGAAUCGUGAGGAGGUUGAUGCUGAUCGCGCCAAAGCAGAGGAGAGAAGGGCAGAAAGAGAAAGAGCCAAACAGGAGAGAGAGAAAAAGAAAGAGGAGAAAAGACUGGAACAGCAGAAGAGAAAAGAGGCUGCAGAACGACUCAAAAGUUACCGACCUGAAAAUUAUGUGAAGUGUCUAACAGUGCGAAUCCAUCCAGUUUUACUGCAGGAUGGAAGGUCGGAUGUUUUGACCGAGACUCUUUCAGAACUAGAAUGGAAGAGUUGUAUAGAGCCUCAUUCUCUGACUCAUAGCAUCACCUGGACACGAUCCCUGCCUCAGGAGAAUUCUGAAGAUGGAGAAGUUGAGGAAGAGCAGGUGCUUAUGGUGAUUUCUCUGUAUGAGUUCAUGGAUGUAGUGACGUCAGUCAAACAGAUUUUGCAAGGUAACUCAAGUCGGCAUGAGGAGUCCUCUCUGCUGACCGCACUGUCGGACCACCUGAAGACACAUACAAGCUCGGUUGUGACCAUGUUGGUGAUGGGUUCUCAGCAUCACAAACGGGGUUCAUGGUAUCAUUCUCACGGUGACCUGCGUUCUCAGUUGGGUAUGGAUGAUGUGGAAUUAGAAGAGGUGCUAGUGUACCUGCAGCUUUAUAAGAGCGUGUGUGUCCACUUUCUGUACAACUGGAAGGAAGUCGUAGACCAAGUCUGCUCCUACACAAAGGCUCUGUCCAAACGUCCCUUCAAGGCCAUGUCCGAGUGCACUGAGCUGGGCUUCUGCGUAGACGGCGCGUGGGCGGCCGGCGCUCGGGUGGAGCGGGAUGGAAAGGGUCUGGCCGCGGUGUGGAGCCGGCAGCUUCAGCAGCUGAACCGCGUCAGCCCUGCGGUGGCUGCGGCAGUGACCUCGGCCUACCCCUCCCCCCAGCUCCUGCUGCAGGCGUAUGAGAAGUUGGAUUUGGAGAAAGAGAGGCGUGGUCUGUUAGCUGACCUAACAGUGAAAGGCAUGGUGAAGGAGAGGCGCGUUGGCCCUGAGUUUUCAUCUCGUAUCUAUCGCAUCCUCACUACGGAGAAUUCUCAGCUAGUGCUGGACUAAUGGUCAUGGUCUCUGAAUUAGCACAUUCGGUUUCAGAAUUGCUAGUGGUUCAGAGAAGAAAAUCAAGCUUCGCCUUUAUAAUGUGAUUUGGUGACUUCAGGCUGUAGAGGCACUCAAAUGCACUUCAUGCCACUGGUUGUUACUACUCUAUUACUCUGGGUUACUAAUGUUUUUUACAUUGCAGAUUAGGUUCUGUUUCGUAUGUAUGUGAAGAUAGGAAAGCAUAUUUCAUUCAGGAACUUUCAGUGUUGUACAU